AUGAAACAUCAAAUAGCUCCGGUUGCUUCUUCAGAAUUUGCUUUGAAUGAAGCCCCGCCUUGUCCUUCGAAUCAUCCUGCUGAAUGGGGCAAUGAGCUGAAGUAUGCUCCCGGUCCAUCCCUAACGGGUAUGCAUGGGGGCCAAAUUGUGUGUGAGAUGCUCCGAAGACAUCAUGUUAGGUUUAUUUUUGGAAUCAGCGGUGGGGCAAUUAUGCCAGUCUUUGACGCACUGCACAACAAUUCCCAUUUUGAAAUUGUUCUUCCCCGACAUGAGCAGAGGGCAAGUCAUAUGGCGCAGGGAUAUGCCCGCAUCUCCAAGAAGGUGGGAGUUCUUUUGGUCACCUCAGGACCGGGUGCGACCAACCUUGUGACGCCUUUACAAGAUGCACUGUAA